CGAUCCCCUACCCCCCACCCAAGAGCCCUCUGCUUAAAUGCAGCUCUUCCCUCGGCCUUAUUUAUGGGUGGGCUGCAUGUGUUUCUGCACUACAACUCCCAUCAUCCCUGGCCGCUGCUCCUGCUAGCUGAGGAUGAUGGGAGCUGUAGUCCGCCCACCACCUGAUAGGACCCAGAGGCCGUGUUGAUGCACUAGCACAAGGUAUUUUGCAGCGACUUCAGCACCAGCACAGAAGCAGGAGGUCGCCAUUUCCUUCUGCCGACCCCUCUUUUCUGGGCUGGGUUUAUGCUUCGGUCUCUCCUGAAGAAGCUGCCACGCGUACAGCGGGGGUUCCUUUCUCCCAGGCAACCUCCACUGGAUGCUACCCAACCCCAACCCCGCAGUCCCCUUUUGUUCCUUGGCUCCAGGGAUUUCGACUUGGGCGAGGGCAGGAUCGCUAACACCCCAAAAUUGCCAACUUCAGUUUUCAAAAGCAGGUGCCUUGGGGGGGGGGGAAUGAAAAGCAGGAAAGUCGAACCUGCUGAACUUUUUUUAAAUUGCAAGAAUAAGCAGCGCAGCGAUCUUUGAUUAGCUUUCUCAAAUACAAAAAGGUGUUUCAGCGCACAGAUCCUUCUGAACAAUCUUGGGAACUGCGGUGUUAAAAGUAUCUUGCGAGUUUCAGUUACAGGUGCAUCAAAACUGCACUUUGUGCAUCUUUUCCUUUGCAAAUUUUGUCACCUGUUCCUUCGGGUCGAGUGCUGGUAAUACAGGUUGAAUUGGUUGCCACCCCGACUGGUCUGUUUCGCAACAUUGUUGAUCGCAUGUAAGCUUGAGCUUUGAAAAACUGCAUUAAAAAUAAAAAGUAAAAUGUUAUCAGGCAGUUAUAACAAAAACUAAUCUGUAUAAAGCUGUGUCCUCUGAGGUCUGCAUCUUAAUGAUCAUGCCAGCCCCGCUGCUACCACAUACCACACUUGUAAGCCUCCGUGUUUGUUUGUUUUUUGCUUUUUUUUGCAUGCUUAACCUGGAAGUGAUUUCCACUGGAUUCAGUGGGACUUGCAGGUCUUCACAUAAUGAACUAGAAAAGCAUAGACGAGCUAAACUACGACUAUAUUUAGAAGAGUUAAAACAACUUGUCCCUUUGGGAGCAGAUAGCACUAGACACACUACACUCAGUCUGCUGAAAAGAGCCAAGAUGCAUAUUAAGAAAUUGGAAGAACAAGACCGGAAAGCUCUAAAUAUUAAAGAACAGUUACAGCGAGAACAUCGAUACCUCAAGCGCAGAUUGGAACAGCUCUCCAUGCAGGGCCUGGAACGAAUUCGCACAGACAGCCUAGGAUCAACAAUAUCUACGGAUUCUGAGCAAGAAGUAGACAUCGAAGGAAUGGAAUUCCCACCAGCUGAAAUGGACAGUAGCAGAAGUCCCAGCGAUGCGGAAGACAGUUUGCAAGGGAGCUCGAGCGACAGCGGCUACACACAUUCGCACAGACUCAAUGCCAGGCUUCUGUAGCGUCGAAGGGCACCGCUCAACUCAGGACGUUCUGACUAAAGCACUUACACGAAAUAUGCCGGACUGCCAUUCUUUCAGAAAACCUCAGCCCACAGUAAUCUGAAAGGAGGUUUCGUGCCCAGGGUUCGCCGAACGACGAUUGGUAUAUUCAAUAAAUUGCAAAUCAUGUUUUUUUUCUACAAAAUGUGAUUAGAUACACUUGCGGCUUAAAGUCCUUUAUUGUAGCCAUUGUACACACUGUUAGUUCUGGGUGUGUGUGUGUGCUUUAAAAAAAUAUUUUAAAAUACAAAGUGGGCAUAGCAAAUAUUUACACACGAAGAUGGAGAUUUUCUGUUAGCCACUCAAAAAUGGGUUUGUCUCUGGCAAUAGGAACUUCUGUAGCCGAAACGGCGCGUUAAAAGGCUCGUCCACAGUUCCGCUUGCCACAACAGUCUUUCCCAGGAAAACCUGCUUUUUACCGCUGAAUCUGAUUGGGAUUUCUCUGAAUUAAGAGUGGGUUUUCCAGGAGAAAGUGGCAUGGCAAAGGCAAAACUGCUCAGACCAUUUCUUUGCACAGGUCAAAUGGAAGCGUGGACUUAACCCUAAAUCUCUGCUCGUGGUUUGCUUGGGAUCACCCCCUCGUUCUUUGGUUUCUGGCUAUAGUGGACCAAGGAUUGAAAAGUUAGUGGGGAGGAUAUACUUUUUAAAAAGUACAUUAUCAUUUUACAAAAAAAAAAAAAAAAAACCAACAACUUUGGUUAGCAAAUAUUCCUAUAGGAGAAGUUCUUUCGAUAUUUUUGAGACACACACACAAAAAAUGUAUAUUCUCUUGAUUUAUCAUCAAGCGUACUGUUCAUCUUCAAAAGAUGAGGGGAAAACUGAUUCUAAUCAGGACUUAAUGUGCAAUGACCCUAGCUUUCUAUGUUUUUAUAGUGACUUAACUCCGGAAAAAAAUAAAUCGUGUUUGCUUGCACAUGUAAAAAAACAAAACACUCUGCUAACUUUUGAGGGUCAGGAUUAUUGUGCACAAAGAUUAGUUGCCUCUCAUUUGGUGAUUUUUAGCAAGGGUUGUUUAUUGUACUCAUGUUUUUACUCUCCACGAAAUGCGUUGACUGCGUAUGUAGCACUCGGCCCUCAGGAUUUUCAUUUUUUGUAUUUGCAUUUAUUCUUCCUGCCUUCUCAGACCGUGAUUCUGAUGAUUGUGCCACAUCCAAAUGAGUGAAUUCAGCAGAGGCGGCCCAUGUCUGCAGCUGAUACAUAUCAUAUAUUAUGAUGCUUAUCUAGUUCCUGUUUUAACUGAUGGAAGUGUCAGGUGUACAUUGCAUUAUGCAUCUCCAUUCAGGUCAUUUUAGUCUCACGUAGUCAGAUGGGACAAGCUGGAUUGGGGCCAACACACUCUUUUUUUCUAAUUGAUUUUAAUGUUUACCAUUCAAUAUUUCAGUAUUCUUCGUGAAGGAUUCAGAGCUCGAAUGAACCAGAGCUGGAUUAUCAAAUAGUUGUUUAGAAGAAAGCAAAACUGUUUGUUUAAGGUUUUUUUUAAAUAUUAUAUUGCUUUCUACAGCUGCAAAUACACUUAAAUGGAAGGCAUGGCUUUAAAUUACAGUAUUCAUAUUAAACCUUUUUCUUUCUUUCUUUUGUAUACUAUCAUUGGAAUUUGAAUUCCUUACAAAAUGCAAAGAAAAUGCUGUAAAAUUGCAUCGUUUAUUUAGCGUUCAUCAAUAUGUUUAGAAUAUAAUUACCCCGAUUGUAGCAAUACUGCAACCUUGCCUUUUAAUACACUUUAAGCUUAGUGAAGUCAUUAGAGUUUGGCUUGCUGGUAAUUAAAAAUGGACCAAUCUUUGCAUCGCUACUUUAAGGCCUUUUUUAAAUAAAUGAAAAAGAUUAAAAGCUA